AUGUCGAUCCUGGGGACCUUCAAACUGCCGGCCCUGGUCAACGAGCCGUUUACGCAAUAUGGUCCAGGAUCACGCGACCGAGCCCAGCUGGAGCAGACGGUAGAAGACCUCAAGAAGAGGCCAGCUCAAAAGGUCUACCCCAAUGUCGACGGCAAGGAUGUCGAGACGGGCGACGUUGCACAGCAGUCUAGCCCUUUCGACCACAAGCUCUGCCUCGCCGAGUACCACCAAGCCGAUGCCGCGCUCGUACAAAAGGCCAUUGACGGCGCCCUCGCGGCCAAGCGCAAAUGGGUGGCCAUGCCGCUACACGACCGCGCCGCCAUCUUCUACCGCGCAGCGGCACUGAUCCAGGGCCCGUACCGCGACGAGAUGAUGGCGGCGACGAUGCUGGGCCAGGGCAAGAACCCGUACCAGGCCGACAUCGACUGCGUGGCCGAGUCGAUCGACUUCCUCAAGACGUUCCCCGCCCUGGCCGAGGGCCUGUAUCAGAACCAGCCCCCCUUCAACGCCUCGGGCGUGUGGAACCGCUCCGAGGUGCGGCCCCUCGACGGCUUCGUCUACGCCGUGUCGCCCUUCAACUUCACCGCCCUCGCAGUCAACCUGGUCCUGGCGCCCCUGAUCGUCGGCAACGUCGUCGUCUGGAAGCCCAGCCCGGGCGCCAUCCUGUCGAGCUGGCUCUUCAACAAGAUCAUGAUCGAGGCCGGGCUGCCGGCCGGCGUCGUGCAGUUCGUGCCCGGCGAGGCCGCGCCCGUCACCGAUGCCGCGCUGUCGAGCCGCCACUUCAGCGCGCUGCACUUUACGGGCAGCACCGACGUGUUCCGCUCGCUGUGGUCCAAGAUCGCCGCGCAGGUCGGCAGCUUCACGUCCUACCCGCGCAUGGUCGGCGAGACGUCGGGCAAGAACUUCCACCUGCUGCACCCGUCGACGCGGGACGUCCGCAGCGCCGCGUACAAGACGAUCCGCGCCGCGUUCGAGUACCAGGGCCAGAAGUGCAGCGCCUGCUCGAGGGUGUACGUCCCACAGUCGCUGGCCGGCGAGUUCCUGCAGGCCAUGGUGGACAAGACCAAGACGUUAAGCAUGGGCGACAAGAUGACGGACUUCUGUGGGCCAGUCAUCAACAGGCAGGCCUUUGACAGGAUCAAGGCCAUCCUCGACGAGGCCAAGGCGGACGCGUCCGUCUCUGUUCUUGAGGGUGGCCAGUGUGAUGACUCGACAGGCUUUUACAUUGUGAGUGGUUCAUCACCGCGAGCACCCUUUAUCUCUUCCUACCCAGUCAAAGGCCCUUCUCAAGUUUUCCGCCGAUUGCUGACCGCUAAGCAUUCAGAGACCGACCAUUCUUCGAGUAAACGAGCCGCAGUCCAAGUACAUGAAGGCGGAAAUAUUUGGGCCCGUGGUGGCCGUGACAGCGCGUACGGCCUGGACUUCCUCCAAAUGGUCAACGACACGUCCGAGUUCGCCCUCACCGGCGCGUUCUUCGCGACCGACCGGAACGCCAUCGUCGAGGCCACCGAGGAGCUCCGCUUCGCCGCGGGUAACUUUUACAUCAACGACCAAUGUACUGGGGCGAUGCCGGGACACCAGCCCUUUGGCGGCUCCCGGGCCAGCGGGACCAACGACAAGGCCGGCACGGCGACUUUGCUGCAGCGGUUCGUGUCGUGGCGGACCAUCAAGGAAGGGUUCACCACGAUUAGUGAUGUCUUGUAUCCUUCGAAUAUGGAAUAA